AUGGCGUUGGAAUUAGCACCGUCGUUUCAGCAAAAUCCCCUGCCACAAAAGUACCUGGAGAUGAUACAACAUUUACAUCUGCAGAAUCUUCGACUAGCGCAACUUCUGGAGACAUCACCGCAGAAUCACCCACCACAGAUGAAGUACCUGCAGGCGUCACAAAAGCUGGCAGAAGAGGUCCAGGAUCUGAUAUUACUGAUUCGACAAGCACAGAAAGCACAACUGUGGACACAUCAGCUUCAGCAGAAGUAUCAAGUAGACAGUGGUAGAUCAGAAUCAGCAGUGAUGUUUAUCGGUAAUUUAUUUUACAGUCCUACAAGUGUUGCAACACCUUCCGCGGAAUCUUCAAUAGGUGUGGAAGUUCCCGAAGACACAGUGACAGAAUUUCCAACCACGAAAGAAGGUACAGUAUCAGCCGAAGUCACAGCAUCUGUGUCAACGGUAUCCUCAGUCAGCGCAGAAACUUCUGAAACCGCAACUGUGGACUCAUCGAUGAUAACGAAAGUAGUGUCUAUCAUCACACCUACAUCUACGGACCCUUCGACUGUUACAGAAACAUCCGAUGAAACAGUGACGGGUUCGUCAAUCACGACGGAAGGUCUGUCCGUUAUUUACGUACUCAAAUUAUAA